AUGACACACGGGGAAAUACAACUCGAGGCAUCUAAAUACGGCACACUUGAUGUCACAGCCGAAGUUUCCGACGUACAUUUGGAAGGACUCGGAGAAAAGUCGUUCACUAUUCGUAGCCGAAGUUUGCCGAACAUCAACCACCAGCUCCAGUAUAUCGUGUAUUCCAACACAGUGUAUGGCGUAGGAGCAACAGAAAUCAUUAAAUUUAGGUACCUGAACUACGAAGCAAGCAUUCCCGUUCGCAUCCAACCUUCUAGAGUUUCACUCCUGUAUGAUCCCGGACCAGAUGAAGACAUCGCAUCCAAAGUGACCGUUAUCACCAAAACAUUUCUCCGGUAUGCGUCCAUACGAACCCUGCUGGCCACCAUCCGGGCAUUCUAUCCCAACAUCCGGGUCAUCGUCGCAGACGACAGUCGUCCAAUAGAAAACCUCCAGGCGGAGCAUGUCGACCAUUUUGUUAUGCCGUAUGCUAUAGGCUGGUUCGCGGGAAGAAACCUGGCCGUUUCCCAGGUGAACACGCCCUACCUACUUUGGGUGGAUGACGACUUCGCUUUCGGAAAUAGGACAAAGUUGGAAAGAUUCGUCAAUGUUCUGGAUAACACAGACUUGGACUUGGUUUCUGGCAGGGUAGGUUUCAAAAAAGUGGCGCACACGAAAAUGACGCUCGUCCCAGGUGACAAAGAUGGCGACUGUCUGCUUAUCCACGACCAUCACCACUGGGGACCAGUCCCCGGGUUUCCUCGCUGCCAUUUCUCCACCAGAGUAACCAACUUCUUCAUGGCGAGGACGGACAGCGUUCGUGCCGUCGGGUUCGACCCCAAGUACUCGAGGCAUGGACACACACAGUUCUUCAUGGCUGCAAUGGGGAAACUGAAAAUUGCAGCAUGUGAUGACGUCACGAUCGGUCACAGGCGAACGCAAACGAUGGAGUAUAACGCAUUCCGUUAUCAGGGACUGGAUUACCAAAGAACGCAAUGGAAAUACGAGUACUUCAGGUUCAACAUAAAAUGCCACUUGUGGUUUACUGAGGAAUGUUCAAAUAUUAACAACUACUAUAAGUGUAACCCAGUUGAUGGUGGCUUUUAUUUGUCCUUUCGAGGAGGGAAUAGUUCAACUGCAAAUUAACCCUCAACUACCAAUGGUUUGUACCAACCCAUUACAAAAUGGCAGAACUCUAUUCAAUUGCAAAGCGUAUAGCAUAUAGCAGUCCCAAUAAACUUAAGAUGGCAAAGGGAGUUUUUGAAAUGCUGGUAGGGCAUGACAGCAAUGUAUGAAAUGUAUCGGUCUGUUUAUUAGGUAAUCUGAAUUCGGCGCAAACUAUGAUUGACAUAUGUUUGUGAAGGUUACUCAUCCAGGAAACAUCAAAAUUGAGGAAGAUUCACUCUUUACUUCUGGAUACUUUAAAAAUUUUGAUAGACGUUUCGAAAGGAGUCCACAUUCAUCAGUGAAAUGAAAAUGAAAAUGAAGUUAUACAAUUUAAAAAAAAAUGAAGUUGUACAAUUUUUUUAUGAUUGACAUAAUUGGUGAUUUUGUCUCCUUACGACAAAAUCAAGGAGAUUGAAAAUAAAGCGAGACAAGUCUCUGAGUGGCUGAAGCGCUGACUUUCUUAAUUUCUU